AUGCCUAGGGAGGUCAUGGCGGAGGUGCUGCUCCGGCUCAGGCCCUGCAGGGUCAUGGCUGCAGCGGGGUCAGAUGCGACUGGCAGGACUGCGCCGCCCAAAUCUGGAGGGCAACCGAGGAGCUUCGCAGCCGCGUCCUUGCCUUCUCAGCGCGCUGCUCCUGUGGGGAUGGGUGGCGACGAGCCGCUGUUGCUGCGGCAGCGGAGGCGAGGGUUGAAUUUGGGAUAUGUCCAGCAGGCCGUGGUGCUCGCCGAGGACAAUAAGUACCCCAUCGCCGACGAGAUGAGCGGCAUCUUAGUUUGGAGAUGGCGUCUUAUUGUGGAGAUACUCAUGGAUGAGACGAGCACCGCUUGGGCUGCCCAUCUUUGCAACGCUCUGCGUUGUCAAGUUUAA